AUGAUUCUUCAGAGGCUCUUCAGGUUCUCCUCUCUUAUUUGGUCUGCAGUCUCAGUUUAUACGAGGAGGAACAUCAGUGUGACAGCAGUGGCACUUAAUAAGGAACUUGUUCCUGUAGAGAAACCCUUCCUGGACAAGACUGGAGAAUACAAAAGUAAGCGACAGGCAUCUGGAGAACCCGUUGAUACUGGCCCAGAGUACCAGCAAGACCUAGACAGGGAACUUCUUAAGCAAAUGUACAGUAAAGCAGAUAUGAAUAUGUUCCUGGACUUCAAAUUUGAAGAUCCUAAAUUUGAAGUCAUCGAAAACUGCCAAACCUGA